AUGGCAUACUUUGAUACAAUGGAGAAUAGAUCAAGUAUUGCUUAUGCAGAUGACGGAAAGAGACUUGUUGUUGAAUGGCAUGCAAUUACUCUUCGUGAUAAUCGACAAGCUGGCCCUUUUACCUUCCAAGUCCAUCUUUGGCGCAAUGGAAAUAUUACUUUUGUUUAUAAAGAGGCAUUUUAA